GAAGUAAUACUUUUAAUUUAUUGACUUUCAACAUGCAGCUUGGCGUAAACAAAAAUUUCUGAAUGUUUUUACUCAACAUUAUCAUGUGAUAAUUAAAGUCUUAAACAUGUCUUCGGAUAACAGUGAUUUUAAAAGACAACAAAAAAGUAUUAAAAAUAAGAAUCGUAAAAGAAGAAAUAAGGAAAAAAGACAAGGAUUAAUGGAGAUGGAAGCUAAACAACCAAAACUUGUAUCAAUGGAUGAUGAUUCUGAUAGUGAUGAAUUUAAAAGUAAAAAUGUACAAGAAACUGGUGAAUGCAGUGGUGAAGCGAGUAGUAUAUUAGCAGAUAUAACAUUUAAUAUGUUAUCAGAUAAAAUAGCACCAGAAACAUUAAUGGCAAUUAAAGACUUGGGUUUUAUACAUUUAACAGAUAUACAAGCUAAAUCUAUACCCCAUCUCUUAUUAGGAAGUGAUGUGAAUGGAGCAGCUAAAACUGGAAGUGGGAAAACAUUAGCGUUUUUAAUACCGGCUAUAGAACUGUUAUGUCACCAUAAAUUUAAACCAGAACAUGGUACAGGGUGUAUAGUAUUAUCACCUACUAGAGAAUUAGCUAUACAAAGUGGUGAAGUUUUAUCAAAAUUACUUAAAUAUCACAGUUUAACACAUGGACUUGUUAUAGGGGGGACAAAAAAAGAUGCAGAUGCUAAAAGUGUUCGGUCAGGAUUAAAUAUCAUCGUAGCAACACCAGGCAGAUUGUUAGAUCAUUUAAGGAAUACAGAAGGCUUUGUGUUUACUAAUCUAAAGAUGUUAGUAAUAGAUGAAGCUGAUAGAUUAUUAGAUAUGGGUUUCGAAGUUCAAUUAAAACAAAUUGUUGCUAUAUUACCUAAGAAAAGACAGACAGCAUUAUUUUCUGCUACACCAACAACUAAAACUGAAGAUUUAGCACGGAUAUCAUUGAAAGAGAAACCGGUAUAUGUUGGUGUUGAUGAUGAGAAGAAAUCAGCUACAGUAGCUGGAUUACAACAGGGUUAUGUUUUUUAUCCACCUGAGAAAAAGUUUUUACUUUUAUUCACAUUUUUAAAGAAAAACAAAGACAAGAAGAUAAUGGUGUUUUUUAAAACGUUUAAAUCUGUAAAGUAUUAUGAAGUAAUCUUCAAUAAAAUUGGAUUACCUGUGUCAGGAAUAUUUGGUAAAAUGAAACAGAAUAAACGUACAACUGUAUUUAAUACUUUUAUACAAGCUAAACAACAUAUUUUACUGUGUACUGAUGUAGCUGCUAGAGGUCUGGAUAUACCUCAUGUAGACUGGAUUAUCCAAUAUGACCCACCAGAUGAUCACAAGGAAUAUAUACAUCGUGUUGGAAGAACAGCUAGAGGAGAAGGUACAACAGGUCAAGCUCUUAUAUUUCUAUUACCCUGUGAAAAAGAAUUCCUCUUUCUUCUAAAACAAGCUAAAAUUAUAGUCACAGAGUUUGAGUUUUCCUGGGAUAAAGUUGUUGAUAUAACACCGCAGAUUGUGGAAAUGGUAUCAUCAAGUCAUGAAUUAAUGAAGUUGGCUAAAUCAGCAUAUAAAUGUUAUUUCCGUGGUUACAGGGCUACCAGCUUAAAGAAAAUAUUUGACAUUAAAAACCUAGAUCAAUUAAAAACAGGUCUUGCAUUUGGUCUCACAAAUCCACCAGUCAAAGCAGUUGUGAGAUAAACGUUGUGGUAUCAAGUUUGAGGGUGUGUACAGAGGAUCAUGGAUCUAUUUUCCAAAUAGAUGUUCACUACUAACAUGGAUAUUAAUUGAAUCAAAGAAAUGACAACAGCUGAAACUAAGCCACCUAUAUAUCCAGUAUCAGUAAUAAAUCAGUUAUCUUUUCAAAGUAAAAGGCUGGUUUAAAUGACUUUAGUUUCUUCUCACAACUUUAUCGUCAGAAACCACUCUCAUUAUUGAAGUUUUCAUUAGUUAAUGUAUCAUUGCAGUGUCCAUUAGUUGAGUUAAUAAUGUAUCAUUACAGGGUCCAUUAUGUUGAGUUAAUAAUGUAUCAUUGCAAUGUCCAUUAUGUUAAUAAUGUAUCAUUACAGUGUCCAUUAUGUUAAUAAUGUAUUAUUACAGUGUCCAUUAUGUUGAGUUAAUAAUGUAUCAUUACAGUGUCCAUUAUGUUGAGUUAAUAAUGUAUCAUUACAGUGUCCAUUAUGUUGAGUUAAUAAUGUAUCAUUACAGUUUCCAUUAUGUUAAUAAUGUAUCAUUACAGUGUCCAUUAUGUUGAGUUAAUAAUGUAACAUUACAGCGUCUAUUAUGUUAACAUGUUUUAUUGCAAUUUGAGAUGUCUAUUAAAUAUACAAGGA